CGUCAAUGUCAUUGUCUUAUGUCACGUGUCAAUUUUUUCUAACGAAAACAUAUGUGGAAAUCAGGGAUUCGAUUGAAUUUUAAUUCAUUUUUACAAUGGUUUUACUAGAAAAUGACUUGUUUUUGUUGGAGUUGACGAAGUUAUUCCAAAAAGCUCGUUUAGAUAGUUCAGUAACAAUGACAUUUAAAAGAUAUAAUGGUAAAAAUCGACCAAUUCCAAGAGCUGGAAAACCACCUCUUCCAGAACCUCAAGAACAAAUGUGUUUAGUUAGAGCCCGAUCAAAAUCGAAGAAAAUCGCCACAGUUAUUCAUCAAAAAGAUAUCAACAAGUUCCAGGUCGCUUACAGUAAUCUAUUGAAAGGCAAUUUAGACGGUUUAAAGAAAUUGAAAAAACCCAAAACUAAAGCUAAAACGGAAUGAAAUGUAUUAGAGAAUCGUAACUUUAAGUUGAAUUGUUUAUCUAUUAUUUUUUUAAUAUACGUUUUGUUUGGAAAAUACAAUAA